CCUGCCAACCAUGAAUCAGGCUCUGCCUUGACAUCUUAGGAAACACCCUUCUGAAUGUCCUCCUUAAGCAAGAUUUGCAAUAAACCACCAACUGCCACAGCCAUCUUUUGCAAGUACGCUUUCUUGUGGGGUGGUUAGUGAUAGCCUUAGCUAACCAAACCAAACAAACUUACUAAACCAAUCACUUUUACCUUCUCUUUGUCAAGAGGUCAGAUAGUCUAGGCAUUUUAGAACUCAUAAUAGUGUUUUGGGUCCAUGCUUGAAGAAUGAAGACAAACCAGUCUUAAGUGCUAAGUGUGAGGACUCAUGUUUUAGUGGGACAUGGGGCUCGUCCCAUCAUUGAAAAAGUGAGAAUAUAGACUACCAUCAUCUAAAUUUGAUCUCAAAAGCUCUAAUUUGCUGGCUUCUAUUUCUUUUCUCUUUUUUAAGAAAGGUUGCUUUAUUAAUGUAUUCUUUUCCCAAUCUCAUACCAAUCCUUAACUACCUUAGCCUCUCUCCAUAAAUACAUUCAGCAAGGCAUUUGUACUCUUCUAUACAACCUCUUCAACUCUGAGUACUGGUCAUUUGUUUCCACAUCCAGUCCUUUUUGAAUCUUUGGAGACUGAUGGGCAUCCCUCAAGCUCCAGCCCCUCCCCAUCUUUACCCUCAACAACUUCAACUUAAACUUUACCAGGCUUUCAUAUUUUCAAUUCCUAUUCUCUUCUCUAUCAUUCUUUUUCUGUUGUUUUACUUGUUCUACCUCAAGAGAAGGGCUUCCUCAAUUUCAUCUCCUCUACAUAUAAUUCCAGGAAGUUCCAAUCAUGCUACUCCAUACCACGCCUCCUCUAUUUGUCAGAUUGGUCUGAAGGAAGAGUUUAAAGACGAGCUACCAACUGUCUUAUUUGAUGAAGAAUUAAUGACAAAGGAUUCUCAGUGCUGUGUUUGCUUGGGCGAAUUCGAGAUCGAAGAGAAAGUUUUCCAAAUCCCAUCAUGCAAGCAUGUGUUUCACAUCGACUGCAUACGUCAUUGGCUACACUCGAACUCAACUUGUCCACUUUGUAGAUGUUAUGUCAUUUUCCCCACCACCAAAUUUUGUACUAGUCCGCUACAAUCUAGGGGACCUAUGAUACUGCCGCAAUCUAGCGCGAACUCUCACCAUCCUCAGAACAUGACAUCAGAACCGCAACAACAAGAAGAUGUUGGUGCUGGAUCAACAGAACAGUUUGUGAUACCUAUGGAAGGACCAGCAAGUGUGACAACACAAUUGAGGGACUCUUCCAGCUUGCCUGAGUUGUCUAUUUCCAUGGAGAGUGGAAGGGGUUCUACAAAUGGAGAAUCUGUCAUUCUUCAUAUUCGAACACACAGUCCAAGAAGAGAAAUUUUGCCUCCACAUGAAGUUGAAAUAAGUAGAUAGGCAAAAGCUCUCAAGGCGGACACCAAAUGGCAAACACACGUGUGAACUCCCGCGUGCCAAUAAGCAUGCGCUUUCUUUCAGCUAGCUGCGUAAUUCUGUUUCGAAAAUUUCUUGGAAGGGGUUGGAUAGAAGGCCGGUCACUAGCUAGUAGCGUCAGCGAAUCACUGAUAAGGUAAGGUCAGCCUUGUAGCGAAAUCCGAAUUUAGCUCCUCUCAUGUCAGUAAAUGAAGAAAUUACAAGAAAAGCAUGCUGAAGAUGAGCAUUUGUGCCCCGAAAAUAUGGUUAAAUCUUGUGGUGGCAUCAUCUUGAUCUUCUUCUUUUAAAACCAAGUGUUUAUUAGAGCACAAUGCAUUGCAGAUAAAACAAGACCAAAGCACACUUUACCCGAGCAUAAUUAGAAAAAGUGUAGACUCAUUGAGGAAUGUUAAUACAGAACUCAGAAUUUUCGUACUUGAAAA